UUCAGUCUGAUUCAAAUGCAUUGUCCUGGCACAGACCUGAUAAGAAUGUCAGGGCCAUAAACAGUUAGCCUGAGAGCAUUUGGAGUGGGUACUUUUACAGGAACUAUGACGCUUUCCUUUCUCAGCCAUUUGUUAAGCUUAAGACGGAUAAAAGCAGAAAUAAGGAAGCUUGAGACAUAUAACACAUUAGUCUUCACUGAUCCAAAGGAAAAACCAUGGCCACCAACGCAGCAAACAGUGCUAACCAUCUGCCCUAUUUUUUUGGCAAUAUUACACGUGAGGAAGCAGAAGAUUACCUGAUGCAAGGAGGACUGAGUGAUGGACUUUAUCUGUUGCGCCAGAGCCGAAACUACCUUGGAGGCUUUGCUUUGUCCUUGGCACAUGGAAAAAAGGUUCAUCAUUACACAAUUGAAAGAGAGCUAAGUGGCUCGCCUCUGAAGCUUUGGAAAAGCCUCAGAAGCGCGGGAACCCGCCCGGUGCCCCUGGUCUGCUGGAGGUGGUCUCCAGCAGACCAGGGGCACCAGCAGCAGUCCUGUCUUUUGCGGAGAUCUUUCAACCGGCCACCGGGCGUUGAGCCAAAAACAGGACCAUUUGAGGAUUUAAAGGAGAACCUCAUAAGGGAAUAUGUCAAGCAAACUUGGAACCUGCAGGGUCAUGCCCUCGAACAAGCUAUUAUUAGUCAAAAACCACAGCUGGAGAAGCUGAUUGCCACAACUGCCCAUGAAAAGAUGCCUUGGUUCCAUGGGAAGAUCUCUCGGGAAGAAUCGGAACAUCGUAUUCUAUUAGGAAAAAAGACCAAUGGAAAAUUUUUACUCAGGGAAAGGGACAACAAUGGCUCCUAUGCUCUCUGCCUGCUCAGUGAAGGAAAAGUAUUGCAUUAUCGUAUUGACAGAGACAAGACGGGAAAGCUCUCUAUACCAGAUGGAAAAAAGUUUGACACACUCUGGCAGUUAGUUGAACAUUAUUCAUAUAAGCCAGAUGGGCUGCAAAGGGUCCUUACAAUUCCAUGUGCACAAGUUGGCUCAGGAAAUGCUAACACUGACUUUCUACCUCCACUUCCCGGAAUCCAUCCUAAGACUUGGUCAGCAGGUGGAAUUAUCUCAAGAUUCAAAUCGUACACCUUUCCAAAGCCUGGCAGCAAAAAGUUAUAUCCAUCGCAUCGUCAUCUGCCUGCAGAUUCUGCAUCUAUUAAUCCCUAUGUGCUGCAGAGGACCAGAGCUCUAAUGGGAGCUGAUCAAGGAGAUCAGAGGGAGGCCUUGCCCAUGGAUACAGAAGUCUAUGAAAGUCCAUAUGCAGAUCCAGAGGAGAUAAAGCCAAAAAAUGUCUACCUAGACAGAGCAAUGCUGAAUCUGGAGGACGCAGAACUUGGCUCUGGUAACUUUGGUACGGUAAAGAAAGGGUUCUACAAAAUGAAAAAAGGUGCCAAGCCAGUAGCUGUAAAAAUUCUUAAGAAUGAAAACAAUGACCCAGCUGUAAAGGAUGAAUUACUGCGAGAAGCAAACGUAAUGCAGCAACUGGAUAACCCAUACAUUGUCCGAAUGAUAGGCAUAUGUGAAGCUGAGUCUUGGAUGUUAGUAAUGGAGAUGGCAGAACUUGGACCACUAAAUAAAUUUUUGCAGAAAAACCGGCAUGUCAAGGAAAAGAAUAUAACAGAGUUGGUGCAUCAAGUUUCCAUGGGGAUGAAAUAUUUGGAGGAAAACAAUUUUGUACACAGAGAUUUAGCUGCAAGAAACGUAUUGCUAGUUACCCAACAUUAUGCCAAAAUUAGUGACUUUGGGCUUUCCAAAGCUCUUGCUUCUGAUGAGAAUUAUUAUAAGGCACAAAGUCAUGGAAAAUGGCCAGUCAAGUGGUAUGCUCCAGAAUGUAUGAACUUCUACAAAUUUUCUAGCAAGAGUGAUGUUUGGAGCUUUGGGGUUCUAAUGUGGGAAGCUUUUUCCUAUGGGCAAAAACCAUAUAAGGGAAUGAAAGGAAGUGAGGUUGCACAGAUGAUUGAAAGAGGAGACCGAAUGGAAUCUCCCGAGGCUUGUCCAUCUGAGAUGUAUGACUUGAUGAAACUUUGUUGGACAUAUAAGGUUGAUAAACGACCAGGAUUUUCUGCUGUUGAGCUCAGACUGCGAAAUUAUUAUUAUGACAUUUCACAGUAACAAUGUGGAUACCAUGGACCUCGUGCUCACUUUGGUCUGCUGCAAGCUCCCUUUUGACAAUGACAGCCAAAAGUUUUAGCUUCGGAAAACAUAAUGAGUUCAGUUUGACAGCUUGAAAAAGCUUCAACAAUGCCAAAGUUCAAAGUGAAGCCCUUUGUAAGAGUCGCCUUUGCUUGCUUUCAGUGCAAUUUCUAACCCAUAAAUAUCUUUUUAAAAAGCGGACAUUGCUACACUGUGUGCAGCAAAGACAGCACAAUAGAGCUUUAGAAGUCUACUAAAUUAAGUUAAUUUUACAUGCUUCCUUCCUGGCUUUGGAGGGAGGGCAUAUGUAUUGAAUAUUUUUUUCUCUCUCAUCCUCUCAUGCAUAUAUUUGAAUACAGAACCAGGAUUUUUUCAUUAUUGGUGCUUGCCCUAAGAAUUGCUCAGACAUCUCCAAGAGUAGGUAUAUGAUAAAGCUUUUUCCCACAGUGAGAGAAAUGUAUUAAUUUUUGACAGCAUAUUUAGUUCUUAGGUUAUACCCUAAUGUACUCUAUCUAGACCACUGAAAUCCUCUCAAAAUAAAGAGCCCUACAUUCCCUGCAGAAACGCUAGUAGAAAGGAACCAGAAUUUGUGAAUCACUGACAUGUGACAAGGAAGCACCCAUUCCCCUCUGAAUUCCCUCUCCCAUCCCCCGCCCCCAUACCUCUCCGUUUGUAUUCAGAACUUCCCAGCUAACUAGGAUAUUGGUCGUAUAUGCAGAAGGAGUCCUUGGGACAUACUCUUAUGCCUCAGGUAAUAUUGUUCAGUAUUAAAGCUAUUGUCUGUGCCUACAUUAGCUGAGGGAACAUUGGUUUGCCAAUGGGAGCACCUUCUUUUCUGUCUUACCUUUCUCUUCUUCCGCCAUUGUCUUUAUGGAUAUCACAGACUCCCUGACAUUACAUGCCAAACGGCCGCCACCACCAUCUUUCACAUUACUCCUCUUCCACAUUACCCAUCAAUCCAACAUCCAGAAGGGACAAGACAUUUGAAAUGCAACCAAAUUUUUACUUCUCUAUCUGCAGACUUCAGAGCCUACACCUCCACUCCUAAUCGCUUCGCCCAAAGUGAUGCAUUCCACCUCAAUUUCUUUAUCUUUGUCCUCCCCACAAUGUCAGAGUUUGUGCUAACUUUAUAGCUUUCAUCUUGCUUUAGAAUGUAAGCCCUCAAGAAAAAGUCCCUAUCUUUCUAUUUGUUUGCAAUGCACCAAACGAUCUCUGGCACUGUAUGAAGAUAACAAAUCAUACCGUUCCUAUCGUUGUUCCCUGUUGUAUGCUUUUCUCCAAUCUCAUUUUAAAUAUUCCAAGUUUAUCCAGAUAUUCAGCCUAAACAUUCAUUCCCUUUCUUAAAUUACAGCUCCAUAAUCCAAUACUGUUUUUGAUCCCUGUGUGCUAUAUAAUUCUUUGUGUUUAUACCGUCCAAAUAUAUGUAGACUAUUCAUAUAAAACUAGCCAAUUAGCCCAUCAUAAGACGGGAUUUUCAGGUCUCUCCUCCACUUCGGUCUUCUCUCCUGAGCCUCCG